AUGAUGCAGACCUUCACCAGCUACCCCACACUAACCGCAGCAAUCGCAAAUGGAACAUACCAAGGAUUGUACUUACCAUCAUUUGAUCAAGAUGCAUUCUUGGGCAUACCAUUCGCACAAUCCACUGCUGACCAGAAUCGCUUCCGGAUCCCGCAGUCACUCAACGCAACCUGGACCGGCCUUCGAAGUGCGCACAGCUACAGCGAAGCAUGUCCGGACUACUCGCCAGGAGAUUGGACUUAUGGCGUUGGCGAGAACUGUUUGAGUAUCAACAUUGUCAAGCCAGCUGGAUGCGAGGACAAAAGUCUGCCAGUGGUCAUGUGGAUUCAUGGCGGCUCCUAUCAAAGCGGCACAAGCGGUUUACAGAACUACAACUUGUCGUACAUCGUAGAGAAGUCGGUGCAGAUGGGCCAGCCAAUCGUGGCGACAAGCAUCAACUAUCGCAAAGGUGGAUGGGGCAUGCUCUACAGCAGAGAAGGCGCUGGUCAGACAAAUCUGGCACUUCGUGACAUGCGUAAGGCCCUUGAAUGGGUGCAAGAGAAUAUCGAAUCCUUCUCGGGCAACAAAUCUCAGGUCACAAUCUGGGGCGAAUCGGCUGGCUCUUUCGCAGUCGGGCAAUUGCUCAUGAUGUAUGGCGGCCGCUCCGAUGAUCUGUUUCAUGGUUCGAUUCAAGAAUCAGGAAGUGCUGCGACGGCAUGGUACAACGGAAGCGAUUGGUAUCAGCCAAUUUACGACAAGAUCGUAUCGCAGGUCAACUGCACCGAAGCUAUCGAUACGCUGGCUUGCCUUCGAACAGUAUCGUAUGAAGAGCUGUAUCCUUACCUCAAUACUUCGAUCAUUGACGGUCCUGGAUGGUACCCUACUGUCGAUGGUCACACGAUCCCCAACUAUCCUACGAUCUUGCUCGAAGAAGGCGACUUUGCUCACGUCCCACACUUGUAUGGAACGAAUUCGGAUGAGGGCACCGAUAAUGCGCCUGCUGAUGGUGUAAUCAACACCGAUGACGACCUUCGAUGGUACCUUCGUACCCAGACUGGCUUCGGCUUUCCGAACAGCACAAUAGAGGAGAUUCUUCGCCUGUACCCCGACGACCCUACGCAAGGCAUUCCACUAGAUACAGGCACCGAACGAUUCGAGGAACAUGGUUACCAGUACAAGCGUGUCGCAGCUAUUCACCGCGACACAUACAUGGAUCGCUUCAACACUCGGCCCACUGCGAACUAUGUCGACGCCUUGCAGGCAAAUACUACGCUGAAUCCAGACUACAAGGGCGUAGCUCAUGCCUCAGAGCUUGGCUAUGUCUUCAACAACCCUGCUUUCCUGGGAAACGAAGCUUUGAGUGAGCAGAUGGCCGCUCAGUGGAUCAACUUUAUCUACUAUGGCAAUCCAAAUGGAGCUGACUUACCACACUGGCCAACAUACGACGAGGGAGAACAAGGUCUCAACCUGGUGCUGCAGCCUAAUAGCAGCUAUGUCGAGGAGGAUACAUAUCACUUGGCUGGAAGGGAGUAUCUGACCAAAUGGGCGAGAAGAAGACAUGUAUGA